AUGGUGAUAGAGGCGGUGCGCCGGGCGGGCCUGGAGGCUGAGCUGGGGACUGCGCGGGAGGAGCCGCUGGGACACGGCUUGGUCCCGGUUCCGCCCGGUGUCUGCUUCGAGAGAUACGAGUUGCCUCACUGGUGGGGUCCGGCCGUGAAUUGUCCCCCUGGUUACACAGCCCCGGGGGAAGGGGGGGGUCUAGGGCAGUGGUUUGACCGCCCUCCAGGUCCUAUAUCUGGGGUGGCGGCGGCUCUAGGGCAGUGAGUUGCCCCCCUCCCGGUCCUACAGCUGUGGGGGGGGGGAGGGAGAGGGAAGGUUCUAGGGCAGUGAGUUGCCCCCCCUCGGUCCUACAGUUGUGUGUGUGGGGGGGGCUCUAGGGCAGUGAGUUGCCCCGCUCCCGGUCCUACAGUUGUGUGUGUGUGGGGGGGGCUCUAGGGCAGUGAGUUGCCCCCCUCCCGGUCCUACAGUUGUGUGUGUGUGGGGGGGCUCUAGGGCAGUGAGUUGCCCCCCUCCCGGUCCUACAGCUGUGUGUGUGUGUGUGGGGGGGGCUCUAGAGCAGUGAGUUGCUCCUCUCCCGGUCUUAUAGCUGUGUGUGUGGGGGGUGGCUCUAGAGAAGGGAGUUGCCCCCCUCCCGGUCCUACAGCUGUGUGUGUGUGUGUGUGGGGGGCUCUAGAGCAGUGAGUUGCUCCUCUCCCGGUCUUAUAGCUGUGUGUGUGGGGGGUGGCUCUAGAGAAGGGAGUUGCCCCCCUCCCGGUCCUACAGCUGUGUGUGUGUGUGGGGGGUGGCUCUAGAGCAGUGAGUUGCCCCCCUCCCGGUCCUACAGCUGUGUGUAUGUGUGUGUGGGGGGCUCUAGAAAAGUGAGUUGCCCCCCUCCCAGUCCUACAGCUGUGUGUGUGUGUGGGGUGGCUCUAGGGCAGUGAGUUGCCCCCCUCCUUGUCCUACAGCUGUGUGUGUGUGUGUGGGGGGGCCUCUAGGGCAGUGAAUUGCCCCCCUGGGCCUACAGCUGUGUGUGUAGGGGUGGCUCUAGGGCAGUGAGUGCCCCCCCCCCCAUUGUCCCACAGUUGUGGGGGGUGGGUCUCGGACAGUGAGUCAACCUCCCUGUAUAACUCAGUCUCCUGCUGGAAGACAGGUGGAUCGAGCAGCAAGGUGGUUCCCUGUCAAGGUGUUUGACUGCUAACACAUGAGAUUCCAGUGCAGAAAGAGUAGUGGAUUUGAUUAUAGAGGACCCAAGAUUGGAGGAAAGAUGGAGAAAAAGUCCAAGGGCAGUUUAAGAUCUUUCCAGAGAGAUGCAGCCCAGAAAUUGCAUACUAGCAAAGUCCAUACAUUUGGACGAUCUGUUACUCCCCGGCCUGGUGGGAAUCAGUGUUGGAAUGGGAGUCAUCAGGUUCCGUAUCUGGUCACAUACACCUGGAACCGAGGUGGGAGGUUAAAAGAACUCCGUAUCAGGCAUCUGGCCAGGAAGUUCCUCUGUUUGUGGGUGAAAAAGACUUUUGGACAAAUUCUUCCUUCCAAAGCCAGAUGUCAUUAUGAUCGGAAGAUUCUGCAAAAAACCUUUGGCGAGUGGAAGGAGGAAUGGUGGAUUGUUUGCAGAGAGUGGAAGCUCAGCGUCAGAGCUGACUGCCAUUACAGAUAUUUCCUGUACAACCUGAUAUUCCAAGCCUGGAAGACUUUUAUAUGCCAGCAGCGAGAAAAGAGGUGCAAGUAUCGUGUCGCAGAGGCUCAUGCGGAGAAGCAGAAGCUGCGCUGGACAUGGCAGCAUUGGCUGAUCUACAUUGAUGUUCGCAGGACCAAGCAUAGGAUGCGAUCCGAGGCAUUGGCAUUCAGGGAAACAAGCACUCUGCGCGUGUCAUGGAGAGUGUGGACAAGACGACUGUGCCAGAAGUGUACUGACCAUGAGAUGAAUACUCUGGCUCUGCAGCACUGGGCCCAGAGCCUGCAGUUUCGGGCCUGGCUACAGUGGAUGGAGCUGUAUUUGCACAUCCAGCAUGACAAGCAGAAGGAGGCCUGGGCAGUGAAUCAUCAUCAGCACUGGGAGCUGAGAAGAUGCAUAAAGGCCUGGCUUGGGCAUCUGCAGCUUCAAAGAGAAAAGAAGCAUCAGGACAAAGUGGCUCAGCAACAUCACCAAGUCUGUGUGCUCCAGCAAUGUUUCUCUGGCUGGCAGCGAGCCUGGGAGCACAGGAGAAGCAUGCAAAUCCACCAGGAGUGCAUUGGUGAGCUAGCAGCAAGGGUUACCUUACGGAGAGUCUUCACGCACUGGAAGCAUUAUGUUGUACUGUGCAUGGAAGGGACCUGGAAGCACAAGCUUGCAGAAAAGCAUCACCGGCACCAUCUGUUGUGCUUUGGGUUUAAUGCCUUGCGGAAGAACAUUAUAAAUGCUCGUCUCCAGCAAAUGAGAAGAAAUUUGGCUCAUCGGCAGCAUCAAGUAAUGUUGCUGCAGAGCUUCUGGAAUCGCUGGAAGUGUCGGUUAGAACAGGAGGAGGAAGAGCAUCAGCGGUCCCUGACACUAGCAGCUCGCAACCACUACAGGGUAGCGCUUCUGCACAAGUCUGUCAGGUUGUGGUUAAGGAAUGCCAAGUGGAGAAGAAACAGGCAGAUUCAAUAUGCCAAAGCUGACAGUCACUAUGGAAGAGUGAUCUUGCCUGUCACCUUCCAGGCCUGGAAGAGGUUUAAGAACUAUCAGCGCUGGUGGAGGGAGAUGAAGGAAACGUCAUCAUGCUUUCAUAGAGAAUUGUUGAUGAGACAGGUAUUUGACACGUGGUGGCUGAGUGCAUGUCAGCAGCGAGAGAACCGGACGAGAGAGAGAAUGGCCAUUCUUCACUUUAAGCAGCAGGUACUGGUUCGUUUCUGGUGCUCCUGGCGCAGGAGAACAGUGGUGUGUUUGGAGGAGCGAGAGAGCACGGCUCUUGCCUGUGAUCAUUACUACCACCUGCUGCUGUGGAAGACUUUCCAUCUCUGGAAGAAGAACGUUCAGGAGAUCAGAUCAGAGAGGAUCAAGGAGAUGAAAGCUAUUAGGUUUCACUAUUCAAAGUGCCUGCAGUGGUCUUGGAGCAAGUGGAGAAAGUAUGUGGGACAUCGGUCUAAGAAGUGGAAGACAUUGGUGCAAGCAGACAUGUAUUAUCAGCACUCACUGCUGGCCAAGGUCUUGGCUGCCUGGAAGAGUUAUCAGCAAAACAUACAGUGCAUUCUACGCCAAGUCGAUGAAAAGGAGGAGGAGCAUAAUAGGGCACUGUUGCGACAGGUGCUGAGUAUCUGGAGAGAAAAUACUGUUGCCCUUGUGGGUGAAGCUAAGAAAGCUGUACAGGCAGAACUGCACUACAGGAGAUCAACUCUCUCAAAGGUGCUACUCCAGUGGAGGGACACUACCUGUUUGCGGGUGUACUGCCGGCAGCAGGAGGCAGCAGCUCUGAGGCAGGCCAGGAGGUGUUUGGAUAUGGUGUAUUUACGGGCCACGUUUCUUCACUGGAAGGAAUUCACCACGAGGUCCUUGGUGCUGAGAGUCCAGCUAGACACUGCAGCUCAGCACCACCAGAGGCAACUGCUGCGAGAGUGUCUAAUAAAGUGGAAGCAGUACCAUCUGCAGUGCAUAGGGAAGAUGCUCCUGCAGAGACGGGGAGACCAGCUGAUGGCUCAGAGACUCUGCUUUACCUUCUUUUCUUGCUGGAAGAGACAGCUGGCGCAGAAGCAAUGGGAACGGCAGGAGACAGUGCGGGCACUGUGGCAUUGGUCACUUUCGCUGCAGGGGAAGGUGUUUGAUGCCUGGCUGGGGUUUGCCCGGGAGCAGCAGCGGAAGAAAGUCCGCAUUGAAAAAGCUGUAGCGGUUUACCGUGCUGGCCUGUUGAAGGAGGGUGUGACCCAGAUCCUGACAUACAUGUCUGGCAUGAAACAGUUCCGGGGGCAGCUUCAAGCCCAGCACCAGCUGAAGGCAGCCUACAGGCUUCACCAGACCGUGUAUCGUUGUGCCAUGUUGUGGAAACGAAAGGCUCUUGGCAGGAACCUAGACAAGCCUCACUCCUCUCUGCCUUCUCUGAAGAAGAGGGUGACGUUUAAGAUGCCCAUGCCUGAUGCCAACCCUGGGGCAGGAGGAGACGCAGCAAAAGCAGUGACUCUGUGCUCUGUGCCGCAGCCCAUGAAGAGCGAUGAUUUGCCAUUCCUCCUGGCUGCUGGCGAUUCAGUUCUCAGUGAGCUAAACACAGUCCGCCUGGCAAGAUUACAGCCCCGUAGACCUGACUUCCUGCUGCAGUCUCUGGAGAGAGAGGGCUUGUUGGGGAUACCUUUCAAUGAACUGGAGGGACGAGAGGUGCCUUUGCCGCAAACAUCCAUGAACAAAUGUUCUGCUCAGGCUGGGGCCUUACUUGCCUCAACUCAAACAGAGCAAAGCAGCUGUAAUCAGCUGUUCCAGAUGGAUAGCACUAGUUACUCCUCAUGCCCCCUUACUGUGCCUACCCCUCCAACCUGUGUACCAUCUUGGAUGCAUGGCACAUGCCAUCCUGCUCAGACAAGUCCAAAACCAGUGCUGUUGCCUCCCUCGUCCUUCAUGUCACGUUUGAAAUGUGAAUCAGAAAAGAGUGAAGGUCAGCCCUGGAAGGGUCACCCGGAAGCUUUUCUCCAAGACCCUCAACAGGCCACUGUGGGGAAGGAGAGGAAGCAGCCAAACUCGCAGGCACAUCUGCUGCUGCAUGAAGAUGUCACAGGAAAAGAGAGCAGGCCAAAAACUGCAGUUGAAAGUAAGAGCAGACAAGGCUAUUCCAUGGAGGGAACAGAGCUGCAGAAACAGCUGGAAGCAGAGCUCCAACACAUCCGACAGCAAAUGCAGCAUUACCACGAUAGCAAGCAGGAGCUCAAGUCAUGCCGGCGGCAGGCGCGCAUUCUGAACAAGUGGCUAGAAAUGAGUACCGUGGGCACCGGGGCAGCGGAGCAAGAUGUUAUGCAGCAAGUUCAAGAAGAGCUGGAUCAGGACCUACGCUACCAGCACUCCCAGCUAUCUUCGAGACACCACUGACUUCCUGAAGAAACUACAAUCCAUCGGUGAUCUUCCUGAAAAACACCAUCCUGGCCACUGUGGAUGCAGAAGCCCUCGACACCAACAUUCCACACAAAGAUGGACUACAAGCCAUCAGGAACAGUAUCCCCAAUACCGUCACGGCAAACCUGGUGGCUGACCUUUGUGACUUUGUCCUCACCCCCAACUAUUUCACAUUUGGGGACAAUAUAUACCUUCAAGUCAGCGGCACUGCUAUGGGUACCCGCAUGGCCCCACAGUUUGCCAACAUUUUUAUGGCUGACUUAGAACAACGCUUCCUUAGCUCUCGUCCCCUAACGCCCCUACUCUACUUGCUCUACAUUGAUGACAUCAUCAUCUGGACCCAUGGAAAAGAAGCCCUUGAGGAAUUCCACCAUGAUUUCAACCAUUUCCAUCCCACCAUCAACCUCAGCCUAGACCAAUCCACACAAGCGGUCAAUUUCCUGGACAUUGCUAUGCUAAUAAGCGAUGGUCACAGCCACCACCCUAUACCGGAAACCUACUAACCACUACACUUACCUACAUGCCUCCAGCUUCCAUCAAGGAUAAACCCAUUGUCUACAGCCAAGCUCUAAGAUACAAUAGCAUUUGCUCCAAUCCCUCAGACAGAGACAAACACCUACAAGAUCUCUAUCAAGCAUUCUUAAAACUACAAUACCCACCUGCUGAAGUGAAAAAACAGAUUGACAGAGCCAGAAGAGUACCCAGAAGUCACCUACUACAGGACAGGCCCAACACAGAAAAUAACUCCACUAGCUGUCACCUUCAGCCCCCAACUAAAACCUCUCCAGCGCAUCAUCAAAGAUCUACAACCUAUCUUGAAAAAUGAUCCCUCACUCUCACAGAUCUUGGGUGACAGACCAGUCCUCGCUUACAGACAGCCCCCCGCAACCUGAAGCAAAUCCUCUCCAGCAACCACACACCAAAAACACUAACCCAGGAACCAAUCCUUGCAACAAAGCCCGAUGCCAACUCUGUCCACAUAUUUAUUCAAGUGACACCAUCAUAAGACCUAUCACAUCAGCCAUGCCAUCAGGGGCUUGUUCACCUGCACAUCUACCGAUGUAAUACGUGCCAGCAAUGCCCCUCUGCCUUGUACAUUGGCCAAACCGGACAGUCUCUAUGCAAAAGAAUAAAUGGACGCAAAUCUGACACCAGGAAUCAUAACGUUCAAAAACCGGUAGGAGAACACUUGAACCUCUCUGGCCGCUCAGUAAAAGAUUUAAGGGUGGCAAUUUUGCAACAGAAAAGCUUCAAAAACAGAUUCCAACAAGAAACUGCUGAGCUUGAAUUAAUAUGCAAACUAGAUACCAUUAAUUUUGGUUUGAAUAGAGACUGGGAGUGGCUGGGUCAUUUACACAUUGAAUCUAUUUCCCUACGUUAAGUAUCCUCACCCCUUCUUGUCAACUAUCUGCAUGGGCCAUCUUGAUUAUCCCUAAAAAAGUUUUUUUUCUCCUGCUGAUAAUAGCUCAUCUUAAUUAGCCUCUUACAGUUUGUAUGGCAACUUCCACCUUCUGUGUGUGUGUGUCUAUAUAUCUUCUUACUAUAUGUUCCAUUCUAUGCAUCCGAUGAAGUGGGCUGUAGCCCACGAAAGCUUAUGCUCUAAUAAAUUUGUUAGUCUCUAAGGUGCCACAAGUACUCCAAUUCUUUAGCUCCUCUCACUAUCAUCCAGCAUGUCCGAGGUCCUGCUACAUCCAUCCCCUAGAAACAACAGGAGUUGAAUGAAGGGAAAAUAUUUAUGCCAGAAACUAAGGCAUAUUAACACCCCUCCACACAUGAUAUAUCAACCUCGUUAAUUUUUGCCCUGGGCUCAGACCACAGUAUUUCACCCUAAUGCUAUCUCUCAGAGUUCACAGCAUCACUGUUACAUACCCUGAAAACAUUGCUAUCACCAAACAGGCAAGGAGGAGGAACCCAGCUACCUAAUGAACUCAAACCAGAACAAGCCUGUUUCUGAGCCUGGAUUACCAAGUGCUCCACAGGAGCUGACUAAGAUCUGACUACACAACAGCUCUACCUCUAAAGUCUAAGGACGCAGGCAAAAGUCUUUAUAUCUAAGGGAUGAGCUCAUUGGGCUGCCUCGCCAAAGCUUUAGGGGAAAAAACCCCCCACCCCAGCCAACCCCACCAGUCUCUCAAAUGCCGUUUGCAAUGUGUGAAGUGGUUCUGUAGCACUACAGAUCUGAGUCACCAUAGCUGGCCAGAUGUGAACAUGAAGGAUUAAUAAAUAGAUCUAGGAUCCCGAAAGAAAAUGAAUCACAAUAGGAACCUUAAAGGUUUCCACCCUGUCACACAAUACAGGGGAGCACACAGUGCAUUAGAAUAUUUCAUUCUGUACUCCUAUGCACAUUGCUCUAUUUCAAUGGAUCUCCUGGCAGCAUUUCCCUAAGAAACCCCUGGCUUAAAGGGUUUACUCAGCCACAAACCUUAGCUUCACGCUGAAGCUUGGCAGAUCAACUUUCUUGCCAGGUCUUGUCUCUCUCACACAUAGCAUCUGAAACCGAAACCAAGUCCAACUCCUCUCUUUGUUCCUAGGUAAUUAAAAAAAUGAAUUUCCAUCUGCUGGACUAAGGAGCAUGACUGUCUGUGAAGGAGAGGGCAAAACUCCAUAACCCCAAUUCAAAUCAAGUGAUUGUGCUUAGUGUCAUUCUCUGAAUCUCUGAUGUGCAGGGUUAUCCACAACAAUCAGAUGCCCCUCUAGGACAUCCUCUCUUUUACCAGCAACAGGGCAGUUUACUGUGGUGGGUGGGGAAUGCCCUUGUUCCCUCUCAAGAUGCUGACUGGCAUUCUUCAAGCUCUUAACAGCCAUUUCAGUAAAGUCUGCUGGAAACAGAUCUGGGUCUCCGUACACCUCUGUGUUUAGUUGAGAGAAUCAGGUCUGUUGAGAGACCAAGUUAUCCAUCUUCAACAUUACCAAUUUAACUCAAAUAUCAGACUAUUAAGCCCUGAAAUUCAUUAGCACAGUAUUCAGGAUUUUGGGGAAGCAUGAUCCUCAAUGUGUUUUUUAUGACAAACAGCUGCCCUCUGAUUCUCUAGCACAUCACCAUUCAAGUGCUCUGACUGAGGCAUCUCUCAGUAAUCCCCCUGCUUUUACACCUGCUCUGUUUCCCCUUCAUGGAAGUAGAAUCUACCUGGGAAGUGGCGUCUGUGCGACACUCUCCAGUCAGUGGGCGAGUGGAAGCAGUGAUAGUCCCCAGGCGCCAGGUAGAUGACACAGUGAUAGAGCUCGUUCCCCUCCUUUGUGACUAGCUGGUUCUGGAAUGAGUUGCAGGAUGAGGCUGCAGUGGAACAGCAGAAGACAAAAGGGGUUAAAAAGAACAACCGAAAUAAUCUGUGAGAGAAUGUAUUGUGAGACAAGGCUCCAAUGGGAAAUGUGCUACUAUGAUACUCAGAAAACCAGUGUUAACAGCAGAUCACUAAAUACAGCCCACAAAGUGACUCUGGGGGCAUUCACUGGCAAGAGAGCUUACACAGAUGAAUCAGCAACAGAAUUCCAAACAUGUAAUAGCCCUCAGUGAACACACUUGUUGGGACCAUGCAGAACCCUUUCAGGGUACAUGGUAAGGAGAGGAGUCAGCCUUAAAAUUAAUUCCUUGAAUGUCUUCAGUGUUGAGCAUGCUCUCAGGCCACACCUUCUGCAACUAUAAACUAAACAUUUUCUUACUUGUGUUAUUAACAACCCUUUGAUUACUAGAACAGGAAGAAUUACAGAAAUCCAAUUUACUUCUCACUACUGAUGCUGUUCACUUUUCCACUUCCUUCAGCUUGGACAGUGAAAUCAGACUUGUCAGUGUUUGGGUUGGGUAAAUGCUGCAGGAGAAGGCUUCUGGCAAAUUUUGUAAAUUUGAUUUUACAAAAAUCUACAUUUUACGCCACGCUGAAUUGACAGGGUUCCUUAACUCCUAAGAUUUCAUGUAAACUGGAGGCUGAUACUUGGAUCAUAGAGGGGGAUACAGAGCAUGCAGUGGGAGGGAUUUGCCUUGUCAGUUUUUCCUUUGCUUGCUCCCUAUUACUUUAGGGACAAUUCAAGCUGACCGUAUGUCCCUCUUCAAAGGCCCAUUGUGGCUACAGGAAGCUUUGAAAGAAGAGUACCCAGAAGGUAGUUCUUCAAGGCCAAGAAUCAGCAUUUUAAAAAGCUUGUGUCCCUUUAACACACAGCUAGGUUUUAAACGUCUUUGAAGUCCAAGCCCAGAAGAAUCCAAGGAACUUUAAAGAGCCCCAGCUUCCCCAGACAAAGCAGCAGGGGCUUGAGACGGAGUCUCAUAGAACACAAAUAAUUUGUCUUAAAAGACACCUCAGAACUAUUGGGGUGUAAUGUCCCAGCUUACAAAAUGCUUUUAGUUGCAUUUGCAUACACAUCACAAAAACAAUUCUGGAGCUUUCAAAAAGGGCUUCUUUCUGUCGCAUAUUGCCUAUACACAGGUUUAACACAAGAUCCUGACACGCAAACCAAGGGCUUUGAAGACAGCUCUAUCUCCACAGAACAGGCACAGCAAAGACAGUGACAGCACAAACUUCCUCAGUGCCCCAGCCCUGACCUAACAGGCAGACCUCUAGGCAUGAGAGCAGAGAUCAGUCUCCAUGCAGGGGGUGCUGCUGCAUAAAUUGGGUCUAAUAGACUAGUUCAUGGAUCUCAAAUUACCAGGAGGGCCGCAUGAAGACUAAUACAUUUGUCCGAGGGCUGCAUCACUGGCACUGCCCCAUCCCCCUGCUGUCCCUGGCCCCAUCACCACUCCACCCCUUCCAUGAGGCCCUGCCCCACCUCUUCUCAUCUUCCCCAGCCUCAUUCCAACCCCUUCCCCAAAGUCCCCACCCCAACUCUGCCCCCUCCUUGCCCCUAUUCCAACCCCUUCCCCAAAUCCUCGCCCCUUGCCCCACCCCUUCUCCACCUCCUCCCCUGAGCAUGCAGCUCUCCGCUCCUCCCCUCUCCCUCCUGGAAACCACCAAGUGCCACCAAACAGCUGUUUGGCAGCAGGAAGCGCCUGGAGGUAGGUAGAGGAACGGGGACGAGGCACACUGGAGGGGGGAGCUUGACAGACACAGGAAAUAACUGGGGCGCGGGGGGGACCCCUGGACUAGUUCCUACAGCUUCCAUCUUUGCUAGCCAAACAUCUGGACAUGUUUCAGCCUCCCAGCAGGAGCAAGCCUCGUUAUGGUCACAGACCUUGAAGUUACCCAGAAUCUACCCAAUAUAACCAUGCACUUGAGGGAACUGAAAAGUUAAAAUGUAGAGAAAAGGGCUGAAUCUGAGGCUGCGGCUGCAAGUGAGGGACAGGCUACUAAGGAGAUAGAGGAGUCCAACAUGGAACAUUACACCCCACAUGUUAUUCCUCAGUUUGAGCUAUAAUGAAGCAGAGUUGCCUAUGCUGCUGGCAAAGAUUUGAGAGCAGAUAGCUAUGAUCCACCCCGUCCCUGCAAUUACCAGAAACAGUGAAAUGACAGAAACAGGCUAGGAGGCAACUUACUUUGGCUAAACUGCACGUCUUCUGUGCUGGUGCACGGCCCCAGGAAGGACUCCAGCGAGUAGGUGACACCCUUCACCUGUUCCACUUCGCAGUUUUUCACUUGUCCAAAGUUCAGAAUCUUUCCAUCUGAGGGACUGAUCUACAGGGAACAAAAAAAGUAAACUGCAGUGAAAAUCCAUGCAUCUCUCACACUUAGCCAUCAGAAACACAAGUCCACUGAUCAUCUGAACCCCAACAUUUCACAUCUCUUCCCCUUUAUAUAACCUCUCGCCCCCACAGGGAUAAGCCUAGCCUCUUUUUGUAUCAGACCUUUGAUAUUUUCACAGAAAGAAAGGCAAAUAGGAAGGCCCAUAAGUGAGAUCCAAAAAGACCAUUAUUUGUUCGAAGUGAAUGCCAAUGCUGUGACCACUACAGAGACUUUGAGAGAACCUGGUCCAGUCCGGUGUCUCGAAUAAAUCAGACUGGACUUUUACCUACCCCAACCAAGUAGUUCAGUUAGGGCCAUGAUCUGUUGCCAUACAGACAGGCUGGAUAUGGGUGCAACCAAGAGCAACAACCCAUACAGAAAAGGGGUGAGUGACAGACCCACAACUCCAAUAUUGGAGGCCCAAUAUUCAGAGUUUUGGCCUACAGACAUAGCACACAUUCCAAGGUGAGGGAUGGGAACAUUUACACGUCAAUGUGUAGCUCCUCUAGAACAAAAUAAAACAUUGCAAACCCUCCUCCUCACCACACUGUGAUAGCAGCAGACUGGCCGGGACUGGGGCUUCAGCUUCCUGCGGAAGAACUCGCUCAGGUUUCUAUAGUGAUGAAGAUCUUCGACAGCUGCUUCUUUCAUGUUCACUCCAAAUGUCCAGAUAUACAGGCUGUAGACAGGCUUCCGGAGCCAGGUGGGCAGCUCGACCUGGUUCAAACGACCCCAGGCUCGUGAAAGCAGUCGUGUUGGUACUGAUUUGUACAGAGAAACCUAGAGAGAAAGGUUUCAGAGUAGCAGCCGUGUUAGUCUGUAUCCGCAAAAAGAAAAGGAGUACUUGUGGCACCUUAGAGACUAACAAAUUUAUUUGAGCAUAAGUUUUCGUGAGCUACAGCUCACUUCAUCGGAUGCAUUCAGUGGAAAAUACAGUGGGGAGAUUUAUAUACACAGAGAACAUGAAACAAUGGGUGUUACCGUACACACUGUAACGAGAGAAAGGAAUCACACCAUGCUAUUUCUGUUCUUCCCACUGCUCUCAGCCCUUCUUCCCUUUGCUCCCAAAAUGGAAGAAUCCAAUUCAUUCCUACUGUGACUCCCUUCACUUCAGUGGAGUUACACCAACGAUGAAUUUACCUUGAAGUCUUCAAUAAACCAAGACCAGAACCUUCCCCUCCCUGCCCCCAUGCUGAUGUGUAGGGAUGGGGGACAGAUGGAGCUCAGUGUAAACCCUUACAGUGAAAGUAAAGCCAAUUAAUUUGGAUGUUUCAUCUGUUUUGAGAAAGAUAUAAAAAAUCCAUUUUGUCAGUAUAA